GCAGGCGUUAGCGAAUGUGUCAGUGUCAAACUGAUCAAUGCAAUUUGAUUUAAAAAGUUAAGUUUUUGACUUGUUUUUGACGCAAAUAUAUUGAAACGACAGGUCUCAAAAUUGAAAUAUAUAGGGAACUGCAAACUCUCCAAAUAAUAAUAAUAAACGAAUAAAACCUAAACUCUGCGUAGAGGACGCCACUACCACAAUCAAUCAGAAUCUGAGUGUCUAUCGCAAAACAAGAAAAUCGAAAUUUUGUUAUCUAACCUCUCUAUCACUCUUGCUUAUUCGAGCAAUAAAGAGGCAGAUAACUACAUUUCGACUUUUGCGUUUCUCGGUAGGCCCUUUGUAAACAAACCACCUUGAUGAAACGAAGUCAUAUUUUAUUAUAUGUGAAAACAGUAUGUAUAAGUUACGUCAUGGUUUACGAUAGGUGCUAGUGCUACACUCUGGCGGCAGAACAUGCAGUAAUACUUCCUAUUGUAAGCGGCGAGCAACAGGAAAGCCAUCGUGAAAAUCUAUGUCUAUUUUAUGUCAUUCAAAUAAUGUAAUAAUGAUAGAGAUAAACAUACAAUUUCUCAGAGUUGAAAUACGAGGUUUACGUUCUUAAAUUUACUUUACUCUUUGUCUUAAAUGCAUGCUAACAUUGGUAACCCAGAUGGCAGCUGAGCGUCCCUAGUUCACCAGACAUGCGCACUAGGCUUCACCCCCGCUGUCAAAACAACGUGAAAACAUCGCACAAUAGGUACAUGAAAUAAAAGAUUUUAUCAGAAAUUUUAAUAGGCAACGGGUAAUAAGUAGGCAAUACUUUAUCGCUAGUGUGUUCAGUGUUGUGUUUGGGUAUAAAUAUGAAGAUACACAGAUUUGAACUGACAAUGCAGAAGAAGACCUGCAAGCCGGCCAUGCUGGGUCGAGUGUGGUCGGCGAGUCGGCGCGCGCUUAGCCUAGACCACACUCCCGCGCAUCAGUUCGGGUGCUGUCAGUGGCAGACGCAGCAGCGGCCGCCGGUAGCCUACCUUAUAUACAGAUGGCUUCUGUUCAUCGGUGUGGUAUCGGUCGGCAUUGCGAGCUUCGCCUGCCAACAACUACCAAAGCAAUACGAGGGAAAAGUAGAGCUAAAGUACAUGAAGUGGUUCAUAUACUUCACAAACUGGGGAUUCAUGGUGAUCGCCCUGCAGUCGGGCCUGGCCCUGGCAGUUGUGCAUCGGUACAGAGCGGAACGGAUACUCAAUCUAACGUGGGAGGGAACGUCGAGCGGGCGGCGACCACGGACACCUCUCAUAUGCCGGAGCUACUGGCUGGCGCACACUGUGGCCACAGACCUCGCCUUUGUCAUCACACUCGUAUACUGGACGCUAGUCUAUGACCCAAAAAUGCACGAAAUAAACGCGUUGAAUCUUCUGGUCCACGGUGGCAACUCCGUAGUCAUGUUGGUAGAACUAGCAGUGACAGCGCAUCCCGUGCGUGCAGCCCAUGCGCUCUAUGGUGCUGGGGCAGGCCUGGCCUAUGGGUUAUUUAGCGCGUUCUACUGGGCUGUCGGGGGCACAGACCGGGCUGGUCUCACUGCGAUAUAUCCCGCGCUAGAUUGGAACAAACCUGGCUCAGCAUUCGGGUUCGUAGCACUGUGCGCCGUGGUGAUGGUAAUUGCGCACGCAUUCGCGACGUUGGGCGCGGUGCUGCGCGGGCGCCUCGUCGCGCGCUUGCGCGUUGGACGCCAGCAGCAAGACCGGCAGGCGCUGCCGGCCUACUGAGGAUAGGAUAAGAUACGCUUAGAAUAAGUAGUCUGUGGAAAACAAGUGAGCAUUUAGGUUACACGAGCUGACGCGUGUUUGUCUAUCAGUACUGGCUCCUUAAGUUGCUAUUGAACUUAUUUUGCAAUUUGUAACUUCAAGAUCUUUUAAAUAUAUUCUCAAGUAGCUACUCGAUGAAGUUAAACAAUUGUUUAUAGUUCUUGGUAAUUUGCAGUACAUAUAGGGUCUAGGGUCGGCAACGUGCAUGUAAUUACCUAUGGAGUUGCAGGCGUCCAUAGGCUACAGUGACUGCUUACCGUCAGGCGGGCCGUAUGUCCGUUUGCCACGGACGUGAUAUAGAAUAAAAUAAAAACAUAUUCACAAUAAUGGUCAUUAUUAGUACAGUCGCCAUCAGAUAUAUCGGAGCGGCCAAGGUGCUCACAAAUAUCUGAGCACGCCUCUAUUGUGCCUUGGCACUAGUGUGCGUGAAGAUAUUUUUGAGCACCUUUGCGUCUCUGAUAUAUCUGAUGGGGACGGUACCUAUUUGCCAUCGUAUCUAUGUUCACCAUCGCAACCACCAUUAUAAUAUACAAUGAAUUGACAAAAUAAGCGAUAAUAAUUGAAACAGGAGGACCUCUAAAUAAGAUGACAAUGGUUCAUCGAAUGCCAACCAAAAAGUAAAAAAAAAAUAUCAGGAUGAAAGAUGCGAACGAAAAGUAGCGUGAUCAUUUUAAUACACUAUUUAAAUUUUGAAUGGCGUUUUUUAUAAACUAUUGGCACAUCGGGUCAUUGAUCGAUGUGCGUCAACCACUGGGUAAAAAAUCCUAGUAGCUUGAUGUGACUUCUCAGACUGCGCAGAAUAAAACAGGAUAAAGUCGGAAUGCAACAGACUAUUACAAGCUAGAAAUAAUUGUAAUAACACUCAAUUCACUGCCCUUUGCAUCUGCAAGUUCUAAAAAACGGGUCUCUGGUAGUGCUUAGAUUAAUACUCAUCGAAGCGCUUGUCCGUAAAUAAGAUAAGACGGGUAUAAACAUAACACAUGAGAUGUUUGUUUUAGCAAUUUACAGGUUUUGACAGUUUUAUUUAGCAAUUUACAGAAUUUAGAAAGAUGACGCCUGUUGAAAACGUAGCCUGUGCUAGCGAGUUAACCUUAUAAGUUAUAAUGGUUUCAUUAUUGUCAGGAGGUUUAAGGUGGUCCUUUUCUGUUCCGUCAAUAUAAGCUACGUGUUUUAACGUUAGUUGAAAGCAUUUAUGAAAAAGCUAGUUAGGUUUAGAAAAUCGCUGUCGGCUGUAGGUUUUCAAUUGUUCAUGGUGUGUUUAGCGAUUCAAUUCGAGGUGAUGUUUUAAGGCGAUUUGUCGCUGUUAUGUAACAGUAGAAGCAAAGAAUUAUUCUUUGUAGAAGAGGUGUUAAGUGUAAGAAAAAAUCGCGC